GACUAAUGUCUUGACUCAGUAACCCAGUGAACUUGCUCAAAACACAAAAGCCCUUGAUUGAACAUCUCUCCUCAAACUACGACAAAACCCUCUCCUCCCCCAACCGCGAUUCCUCCACGCACCCAAUCAAACACCCUUCUUCCUCCUCCUCAACCCCUUUUUCAUACUCUGCCGUAUCUGCACCCAAGCCCCAUGGCCGCAUGCUCGUCCUAACCCGACCCAUCUCCAAACCCAAACCCGAUCCCACACCCCUUUCGCCUCAACAACUCCCACCUCAGAUCCGGUCCGGCUCCGGCUCCACCGUCUCGCCACCGGUUCUGAGCCAAGGAAGGGACAAGAAAGCUACUGUGUUGGUCUCUUCGCCGAAACCGGAUAAGUUCGUGCCUCCGCAUCUUAGACCGGGUUUUGUUGCCAAGGAGGACCGGCCGGGACCCGAUGUGAUCAGACCUCGGGAGGCGGGUCACAAGCAUUUUAGGCCUCUGGAUCGGUUUUGGGAAGAUGGGCGUCCCAAGUCGGGUGGUGACUCGAAUUUGGGUACCAUGAAUAGGCCCAGAUCGUCUGGCUGGAACCGGCCCAGUUCUAGUGGAUGACACAUGCACACAUAGAAGGUGGGAAGAGAUACUGGAAUGUAGAGACUGAAUUUGAAAACAGAUAAGCCCAAGUGUGUGUGGGGGGUGGGGGGUGGAAUUACUUUGCAACAGCUUAAUUUCUGCGUUAUUGAAGAUACAGAGCAAUCCCAAAAACCAGCAAUUUGAAUUCCUGACAAUGCCCUGUGGAUUGUUCAUACAUAGAGAACUUUACCCAAGGGCAUUUGAUUUUGAGAGUUCGAUCCCCUGAUAAAUAUGAUAGCCUCCAAGAUCUUUUUAAAAUUGUUGGGACCGUUGACUUAUGGCCUACUAUGAAUGUUAUCCCCAACUCUUCAUAUGAAAUGUAAGUCUUUUCAUUUGUUUUUGGUUUGUGAAGUAGUUAUUUGGUGCUGAUUUGCUUGCAUUUUAUUGUCCGAGUUACAUGUACUGCAAUUGGGAGAGCUUAUCGCCCUUAAAAGCUUCAA